GUCAUCUUCGAGGUCACGAGUAUUCUUACCUUGGCUUUGUCAAAUAGUGAUUGCGACCUACAGUAGCGUAUUGUAUUUCGCCUUGAUUGGAUUGAUUUGUCCUGAUUUACAUAUUCACAGAUGUUCGAAACUACUAGAAAGAAGUUUUGAAAAUGUUCUUAGAAUCAUAGGGAAGCUCAACUUCCAUCCACACCAAAGAUGCUUACACUCGAUAGAAGGAACUCAAAGCAGAGCAUUUCCACAGUGACGCUCAAUCUCGAUUCUGAAACCGGAAGUAGGUAUUUUCAACUUCCGGUUGAAGAUGAUGAAUAUCCGCUCAAUGUACCUAACAUGCGACCAAAAAAGAGAUACGUGGGCCCAUGGAAACAUCCCGGAACUCUGGUGGAUAAAGACCAAACGUAUUUCAAUAUGGCUUUAUCAGGAACGAAAUAUCUCGAUAAGGGCAAAAGGAAAGGAGACGAAAUGACUCAGUCUGAAACAACAAACCAGAACAAAGAAAAUAAGGAAAUCCAAAAUGGCGGCUUUGGAAUAGACGUACCCCAGUUUAAGCAUCCCUUACCACCAAUUUCAGUCAAGGACAUGGAAAAUCAUUCAUUGUUGCCCUACGGUUUUGGAUUCAAUCAAAAUCGUUCAGACACUUUCAUGGGAAUUCAAAUCAGAAGAAACAAAUUAAAAUCAUUGGAUGAUCAAAUUGCUUCCCAAGCCAGGCGCCAUAUUUUUGCUUGUAGUAAUGUAGGGUCUGUUCGAAAUGCGUGCCGAGCAAAUCAAAGUGUUGUCGCUCUUAAACAAACACUAGAAGCAACGAAAACUAACGGACACCAGAACAAACAGAGUUCUACACCGGUAAGGUUUUCGAACACACCCGCAUCCUCAUGUCGUGCUUUAACAAGAGGAGAAAAGACUCGACCUUUGAACGCUGAGAGAACCGGAUUAGCCAUGCCAGAAAUCAAUGGUUAUUCCAUUUUAAAAUAAAAUGUGACUCUUAUCUCUUACAUUUUAUGGAUGGGGACAUGCUUCAAAAGCAACACUCUAAAGGGACAGAUUCGCCACUAACAGGAUUUUUUUUCCAUGCUAAGGUAAUCAGUAAAAGUGUUCACAGUUCACCAUCGAAAUGUGAGCCUUCAAAUACCUUUGUGACCAGAAUUAUCCGUGUUAAAAUUUUAAAAUGACGAGCCGUCUUUCUUGAGACUCCGCCAUGUAUAUAAAAGCCACAUUUUUAGAAAUAGAAAGAGAAAUUUCUAGUUUGAGGUACUGAGGGAUGGUAUGAUUUUCGUGCAGUUAUACUACUAUAUACUUCUGAAGACUAUUUACACAUAUUCAAGACCCAAAUCUACUCCCACCCUAUAACAAGGCGAACCAUGACCUUUAAAGAAAUACAGUGACCAAUGAUUAGACAUAAAGGCUCAACGACCUGGGAGAGAAGUGACCAAAGCACUCAGUAGAAAUGGACAAAGGAAAUGUUAAACACUCGAAGAGAAACUUGAAUAAAUACAUGCU